ACUACAUAGUACAUAGACGUUUUUCAAACCCAUAAACAACGCCACAACUCUCUUCAUCUUCUUCCUCUUGCACUUUAUCAAACCUUCAAUAUCUUCAAUUUUCAAUCUUCAAUGCUUUUUGCAUUGAGCAGAAGAACAAGAAUCAACCCUUUAUCAAUCACUCCCACUUUCUCUCUCCUACACUCAACAACCCACUUGCUUUCUCUCUCCUCUGACCAAGACCCACCUCUUAAACCCCUCACUAAACCCCAACUCAAAACCCUACUUCUUUCUCACUACAACCAUGGCAAAUUCUCCAACCUCCUCCAAAACGUCGUCGCUUCACCUUCUGUCCUCUUCACAGCUUCCCAUAAUCUCACACACCCAACAACUCGUUCUUCCCAACUCACCCUUGACUCGGUCUCCACUCGGUUUGACCUCCUCCAACUCGCUCACGAACUCACCCACAACGAGUUCAACCCGGAAUCUUGCUGCUUUAGAUUGUAUUCUUCUCAAAAUAAAGGUAAAUUUCUUGUCUUGCCCAAUUUAAAGCUUAAAGUUGUUAUUGAAGCUUUGAGAAUGGUGCUUGAUUUGAUCUAUAAUGGCGGUUUUGCUACCUUUGUUUAUGGUGGUAGAGAUGGAUUAGGGCGUCAUACAGCAGUUAGAUACUUGAAAAAUUUGGUAGAAAACCCAGAUUGGUGGUUUACUGUUGCAUUUGAUAGAGCUGUCUUUGAUUCUAAGAAUGUUGGUAAGUUGUGUUGUAUGCUAGGUGAAAGAAUUGAUGAUGGUGGGUUGAUUGGAUUGAUUGAGAUGUUGUUCGAAUGCGAGGCGGUGAGGAUUGAAUUGGGUGGGUUUGAAUUGGGGAAAGGGUUGCCUCAAGAAUCUGGGUUGUGUGGGAUUUUGGUUAAUGUUUACUUGAAUGGUUUUGAUAAAAGGAUUCAGAAGAUUCGUCUUCGGAUGAAUGAGCAGAAUCCUAAGUUUGAUGAUGAUGAUGAUGGUGGUGGUGUGAGUGGUGCUGUUGUGUAUAAGCCUUUGAAGGUAUAUGCUGUUAGGUAUUUGGAUGAAAUGUUGUUGAUUACAUCAGGGCCGAAAAUGGUGGGAAUGGAGUUGUUGAAUUGGGUUGUUAAGUAUUUGGAAGAGGAGUUGGAGUUGAAAGUGGAUAGAUUAAGGACUGUUAUACAUAGUGCUGUUUCGGAGAAGAUUGAGUGUUUGGGGAUGGAAUUUCGGGCUGUUCCUCCUUCUGUGUUGCGGCCCCCUAUCUCAGAAAAGGCAAAGAGGGCGCGAUUGAAGUUCCGUAGGCAGAAGGAAGUUAGGUUAAUGGAGAUGAAGAAUGCGAGGGAAAGGAAUAGGAAGGAGCUGGGAAUGAAGCUCUUUAGCAAUGUUUUUAAGAAGUUGAAGACAAGUGAAUCAGGGUUUAAGUUUGAGUACAACAUUGAGAACGAAGUGAGGGAGAUUUUUAGUACGUGGGCAGAUGAAGUAGUGCAGGAAUACUUGGAAUCGUUGGAAGAAAGAUGGAGUUGGCAUCGAGAGCUUACAGCUGGUGAUUUCCUUUCAUUGAAAAGAAUUAGGAAUCAGCUGCCAAUAGAGCUUGUUGAUGCCUAUGACAAAUUUCAAGAGGAAGUUGACAAUCAUUUGAAUCCUGCUAAAGCUAAGAAGGCAUUGGAGGAGAAAAAAAGGAAAGGGGAAGAAGAAGAGGAGAGGAAAUACAGUCAGAGAACACUAGAUGAUUUGACAAAACUAUGCAUGAAAGUUGCGGCACCUAUUGAGCUGAUUAGGAAGGCAGUCAGGCUUGCAGGGUUUACCAAUGACAUGGGUCGCCCUAGGCCGAUCAGCUUACUGGUUGCCCUUGAAGAUGCUGAUAUCAUAAAAUGGUACGCCGGAGUAGGAAGAAGAUGGCUUGACUUCUUCUGCUGCUGUCGCAACUUUGAAAUGGUAAAAACUGUCGUAAGCUAUCAUUUAAGAUUCUCAUGUCUAUUGACACUAGCAGAGAAGCAUGGUGCCACCAAAAUGGAAACUAUUAGGCAUUAUUCCAAGGAUUUAAAAGUUUUAGAUUUAGAUGGAAAUGGAGAAUUCUACUUUCCCACUGAAAGGGAGGUAAAGAAGAUGGGAGAUGGUCAUCUUUCUGACCCGAAACCUAUUGAUGGUGCUUUAACUCUGGCUCUAAUAAGAUUAGCUUAUGAUGUACCAUCAUAUACGUGUGCAGCUCAUUUCUGUGAUUGCAGUGAUACGAUUACUUACCGAGUUCAUUUGCUGCAAAAUCGAGUGAACAUCAACCCAAACGAUAAGAAAAAAUGGGUUCCUGGAAUGGCUGCAAUCCAUGAUAGUUUAGACAGAAGGUGCUUCACUCUAUGUUCUGACCAUGCUAGUGAUAUCUACAUGGGUAGAUUAUCUCUACAGGAUAUUGACUGCACUUCUUAUAUUGAUGUUGAUUAAUAACCAAUCAUUGUUAUAUUGAUGCUGAUGUUAGUUGAGAUAAAAUGCGUAUAAUCUGUAUACUUACAGUUUUGUACAUUUAUAAGUGUGAUUAAAUGAGCAUAAUUUCAGGGAA